AUGGCUGAGAAAAGUGGAUUGUUUUCGCAUGUGAUUGGAGAUGUUGUAGAACGACCAAAGACAUCAGGGUCUGCUGAAUUGAAGACGAAGCAGGGUCAUCCUGGGGGUUUCCCUAGUAUACCAAAAGUAUUGCCUAAACGCCAUUCGAACCCUAUGAGUUCUUUUAAAGAGCGACAGUUGCGAAAUAAAAAAGCAACAACAAUAGACGAACAAAAAGGAAGUUCUGAUUCCCUAGGGAUUAAUGAUGAAAACAGUGUUCGACUGGAUCGUAUGGACGAAGCUGAAAUUUUAGAAGCACAGAGUGAAAUUCGAUCUACAAUCCGCGACGAUUUGUUAGAAAUGUUGAAAAGCAGGCAUUCAAAGAAGAAGAAAAAGGAGGAGGAACAACAGCAAGGAGCUUCUCCACAACCUAGCCCUUCUUACCUUAUGGGCCAAAGUACAGCUACUUAUGAGCCAUCUCGUUUCCGAUCAAGAAACAUGGAUCAGUCAAAUUCCAAUUUACACAGUGUACUUUCAUCUGAUGUCAUUGAAAGCUCUUCUUCAAGCAAUGAUUCCCCGUCCAAGGACAAGAAAGUUGAAAAGUCAAAGACAGGAAAAAAGGUCACCUUUAUGGAUCCUUCAGCAAAAAACGGACAAAACCAAUCUGGAAUGCUUCCGGAAGAGAAGAGUCAGUUGGACAUCGAGAAAAAGGGCGGUGUUACAAACUCGAAAUUAGGCGAGGAGAAGCCUGGUUUAGAACCUUCAAUGGAUGAAACGGGAGAUUCUAGGGAUGUUCCUUUAGGACCAGAGCUGAACGUUCAUAUGCCAGAAAAACGAGUUGAUUUAAAUCCGGACGCCCCUGACUUUUAUGAGCAACUACAUGAAAAAUAUUUUCCCAACCUACCUGUAGAUGAAAAACAAAUGCAGUGGUUAAAAGACCCGAAUGAAGAGGAAAACACAUAUACUCCUGAGGCAGAGGGUGUCCAUGCGCAUCAAAUCCGGUUUGGUUUUCGCGGUGAAAUCAUCCCUCCUGGUAAAAGUCAUAAAAUCCCAGUCAGCGAAGGUCUCCAUCAUCACGGAGAUGCUCCAUCAAGUGCCGGGUAUACACUGGUGGAAUUGGCUCAUUUAUUACGAUCACAAUUUCCGACGCAGCGCUCCAUGGCGAUUCAAACUGUAGGCCGUAUCUUGUAUCGACUGAAUUCAGAAGAAUUCGGCGAUAUAAUUACGCCGGAACUACAUACGUUGGUGGAAGACACAAAUAUUCUUGAUCUAUUAAUAGCAGCAUCUGGGGAGAACGUUCGCCAUAUGACGGUUCGCUCGUUGGCCAUUGAAGCAUUAUGGUUAACUUCGCAGAGCCAGCAUGGAUCAACUAGGCAAGCCGUAUAA